AUGUAUGCUCUGGCAAGCUCCUACCAUUUUCACUUCUUCCUUUACUUCCUGGCUGAUGUGCUUGAGCAGCUCAAUAUCUUGAACAAGACCUUCCAGCACAGACAUAUCAAGCGGACAACCAAUCACAUCGAGAGCCGCUACGUGGACUGCGGCGAUGACUUUGGCGGUGGCAUGAGCCAGUGGCUGUCACCUUUCCUGCAGCGCCAUGGCUCUGGCCUCCCCUCCCCCUGCCCGUCGCGUCGCCUCCCCUCCCUGUGCCCGUCGCGUUCCCCUCCCCUCCUCCUGCCCGUCGCGUCCCGUCGCCUUCCCCUGCCCGUCGCGUCGCCUCCCCUCCCUCUGCCCGUCGCCUCCCCCCCCCCUCCUCCUGCCCGUCGCGUUCCGUCGCCUCCCCCUGCCCGUCGCGUUGCCUCCCCUCCCUCUGCCCGUCGCGUUCCCCUCCCCUCCUCCUGCCCGUCGCGUCCCGUCACCUCCCCCUGCCCGUCGCGUCGCCUCCCCUCCCUCUGCCCGUCGCGUUCCCCUCCCCUCCUCCUGCCCGUCGCGUCCCGUCGCCUCCCCCUGCCUGUCGCGUCGCCUCCCCCCCCCCUGCCAGUCGCGUUCCCCUCCCCUCCUCCUGCCCGUCGCGUACCGUCGCCUCCCCCUGCCCGUCGCGUCGCCUCCCCUCCCCGUCGCGUUCACUCCCCUCCCCCUGCCCUAGGCCGCGCCCUUCCCUAA